AUUGUUAAUAAGAAUAUAGUAGGGCCAAAUGAAAACUUCUGCCAACCUAGCUACGGUUACGAGACUGAUUGGACCAAAAUCCUCUCAAAUGAACCCAAUUCCAGAAAAAAAUUCCCAACUAAUAUCACUUUUGUGGUAUUUGGAAGCUUCAGUCAUUCCCCAAAGUUGGGAAACUAAGUACACCAUCACCGAAAAUCGCAUCCGAUCGUCAUCGCAAUUUUUCCGAAGUGCGUGCAAAGCCGGGCCUUGGGUCAACAACCCAAAACUCGACCAGGAAUUGAAGGCCAAAUAUCCGAAUUUGUGCGCACUUUGCGAUAACCCCUCGCGAUGCGAAAUGUCCGAUAAGUACUGGGGGCGUCGAGGGUCCCUUUUUUGUCUGACAGACGGUGCUGGGGAUAUUAGUUGGGCGCGUUUGGACAAUGUCAAGCUUCACUUUGGGCUAGUACCAGGAGGCGCAGAAUCAUCUCCUGAGGGCUAUAGUUUCCUGUGCCCGGAUGGUACCACCCAACCGGUUAAUGGAACAAACCCCUGUGUUUGGGUGGUGAAACCAUGGCCUGUGGUUGCGUCAAAGCGAACAGUAGCGCAAGAAGUACAAGAGUUUGUUAGUUCCUUGUCGAGUGCGGAUAGCUACUCGUGGCAAUCCGCUGUCUUAAAUUUGAUUGAGACUUUCCAUUUGACCAUCAAUAAGCUUGAACCAAUUAAACCCAUCGAGAGUUUUCUCGAACAAGCGACUGGUUUUUUAAACGCUAAUAGCUUUUCUGGGUGUCAUCCUCCGAGAACAAUCAGGAUUUGUACCACUUCGGUACUUGAAAACGCCAAAUGUUCGUGGUUGAGGGAAUCGGCAGCUGUGUAUGGUGUUGAACCAGAUUUAGAUUGUCUCAAAGCGGAUAACACAACACACUGCAUGGACGCAGUUAAGAAUAAUGCAGCCGACGUUGUCAUAGUACCACCAGACUUGCUAAACAAAGCGAUAAACUCCUACAAGCUCAAAACACUUUUCUAUGAAACGGUCAAUGACAACGGGAAGUACCUCACGGUCGCGGUAACUCGAAACACGACCAAAAUCUCCAAUUUUGAAGAUUUGCAAGGCUUCAAGGCUUGUUUCCCAAUUUUUGAUGGAAUUGCGUGGAACACAGUCGUCCAUACGCUACAUGAGAAGAAACUUCUAAAUUGUCCUUCCACGGAAGGUGUUCGAAGUUUCUUCGGCCCGAGUUGUAUCCCAACUUUGCACCAAAACGACCAAAAUUGCGAUAGUAACGCGUAUUUGGGAGAAUUUGGAGCUUUGAGGUGUCUAUUAGAAGGGAAAGGAGAUGUUGCUUUCGUUUCAAAAAACUCACUUAUUGAUUUUAUCGAUAGUCCGAUUGAAAAUAAAUUUGGUCGAGUUAAGUCAAAUUCGUUUAAUAUUUUGUGCGAGAAUAAGGCUGAAGGUUGCCAUUUGAGUUGGGCUCCAGUUGGCCAAGCCAUGGUCAGGUCUGGUAGUACCGAUCUUUGGAUGAAAGAUACCCUCGAUGUUUUUCUACAAUUAGAUACGCUGUUUGGAAGGAAUUACAAGUCGUUAACGACGCCUUUCCUGCUUUUUGGGCCUUAUAAUGGAAGGCCUAAUAUUCUGUUUCAUGAUAACACUGUAAGGCUGAGGAAUGUCCCAAUUGUUAGAAAUUUUGAUAAUAUGAAACGCCUGUAUCAAGAUAUUAUUGUUAGUGAUAUUGAUUGUAACGGUGAGUCUUCCUUAAUUCCUGUAGUAUUUAAUCUUUUCGUUAUGUAUUUAUUUGUAUUUAAUUUACAGUAAUUCGGAACCAAAAGUACUUAUGAUCACUGUGAUAUUAAAUAUUUUUUUAUGC